AUGGGGGACCUAGUAGGGCGCAAAGUAUUCAAAGUAUUCAACCAAGAUUUUAUCGUCGACGAGAGAUAUACUGUCACAAAAGAGCUGGGCCAGGGUGCAUAUGGGAUCGUAUGCGCCGCGACGAAUACGCAAACCGGAGAAGGAGUGGCUAUCAAGAAGGUGACAAAUGUCUUCAGCAAGAAGAUCCUGGCGAAGCGCGCUCUGCGUGAGAUCAAACUCCUCCAGCACUUCCGGGGUCACAGGAAUAUUACCUGUCUGUAUGACAUGGACAUUCCACGGCCAGACAACUUUAACGAGACGUAUCUCUAUGAAGAAUUGAUGGAAUGCGAUCUGGCGGCUAUCAUCCGAUCCGGACAACCUUUGACGGACGCACACUUCCAAUCCUUCAUAUAUCAGAUCUUGUGUGGUCUGAAGUACAUCCACUCGGCAAACGUUCUGCACAGGGACUUGAAACCCGGAAAUCUGCUCGUCAAUGCCGAUUGCGAACUGAAAAUCUGCGAUUUCGGCCUGGCCAGAGGAUUCUCGCAAGACCCCGAAGAGAAUGCUGGAUACAUGACCGAAUAUGUCGCGACUCGAUGGUAUCGUGCUCCGGAGAUUAUGCUGAGCUUCCAGAGCUACACCAAAGCUAUUGAUGUCUGGUCCGUUGGCUGUAUCUUGGCCGAGCUGCUGGGUGGCCGGCCCUUCUUCAAAGGCCGUGACUACGUUGACCAGCUGAACCAAAUCCUCCACUACCUCGGCACUCCGAACGAGGAGACGUUGUCUAGGAUAGGCUCACCUCGUGCCCAGGAAUACGUCCGCAACCUUCCCUACAUGCCUAAGAUUCCCUUCCAACGACUAUUCCCACAAGCGAACCCGGACGCACUUGACCUGCUGGAUCGAAUGCUGGCAUUUGAUCCGUCUUCUCGUAUUUCGGUCGAGGAGGCUCUUGAGCACAGGUAUCUCCACAUUUGGCACGAUGCUUCCGACGAGCCUGCUUGCCCCAAAACGUUCGACUUCGCCUUCGAGGUCGUCGAUGACGUCCAGGAAAUGCGCAAGAUGAUUCUCGACGAGGUCAUGAGGUUCCGUCAUCAUGUGCGCCAUCAGCCUUCUCAGACAACCUCGACCAAUAUCGCCGUGCCCAUUCCUGAGAAUCCCACACAGUGGCGUCAAGAAGAUCCGAGACCACAGGAACCUGAUGCCGCUAUCGGUAAUGACCUCGAGCAUGAAUUGCAAGUAGGUGCAGAUAUGAUGAGACGAUAG